ACCACCUUAAGCUCUCUCUCUCCUCUCCCCUUUUUUCUUUUUCCUCUGCACUGCCACUUCUCUGCAUCUCCUGCCCUGUAGUUGUAGUAGUGAGCAUUUGGUACAGACCAGACAGAGCUAAAAAGCUAUCCUCUCUCCAUUUUAAUGGCGUGAGUGAGGACGACGGCGGCCGACCCUUAACAACCACCUCCCCCAUUAUUAUUCUCUAGCUUCUCAAACGCCACAAUAUUCUGUUCCACGUCUUCUCGUCCUUUCUUGAUUUCUGUUAUUGUUAUUAUAGGUGGGUUCAUCUCCGUACGUGCUUUUGCAUAUUUUUCCGUUGCUUAAGAUCCUCUGGAUGUGAUGUAUCCUGCCAAGGGAAAGGGGAGUGUCAAUAAAAAGUAUGUCGAUGGAAAUGACUACCUUGAUGAUAUGAUGAUCACUGGUUUUCCGGCGGUGGGUCCGUUGAGAUCAUCAUUGUCAAGUGAUUAUGGUCGACACUUUGUUGAUGGGUCGUCUUCUUCGUCUUUCGGCGGCGCAUUUGAUCAUCCCUCUGCGAGCCGGACACUGAAUGUAUGGAGUAAUAGUAAUAGCAAUAACCUUUCUGGGCAUUUGAGCUCUUCUGUGUUGUUCGAUGGCUACCUUAAUAAUAGCAACAAUAAUAAUAAUGGGCAGAAUCUGGAUUGGUUGUUGGCCGAUCAGCUUCACAGAAUGCACAUCGGGGAUUAUUAUGGGACAAUAAGAUCUAUUGAAUCUGGGGAAAGGUCAUUAGAUGAUAUUUGGCUGAAUGGAACAGUAGUGGGAAGGGAUUUGAACUGUAAUAAUAAUAUAGGUGAUUUUAGAGGGUCUGAAUCUUUAUUACAAUCUCCAAAUCCCAGGAUUCCGUUCGGAAGGCAAGCAUACAGCAAUGUGGGUAUGAGAACAUCUGAAGAGUUUCUAAACUCUAUCGCCAUUAAUGGACGUCCAAGUUUUGGUGAAGGUUUCUUCUACUCUCCUACCAGGUAUGAAGAAGAUGCAGGAGUAGGUAACAAUGUUCUUCUAAGCAGCCGUCCAUUCGGUCCAUCUAGAAGCUUCCAGGAUACAAACAACCUUGGACUGGAUUUCAACUACCCUCCUCCUAUCAUGAAUGGGGCUAGCAGUGCUAAUGUUGUUCCAGAUAACAGUAGUGCCUUGUUAAGCCCAUAUCCCAGCCAGAUAUGGAACUGUUCAACAUCAUCAUCCUCUUCAGCUGAUGAUUAUAAACAUCAACAGCAACAAAACUUCAUCAUUCCUCAUCAAGAACAAGAAGAAGGGGGAGAGGGUCUAGAUUAUUUCAAAGGUCAGAAAAUGGUGGGGACUGUUCAAGCAUCAGACUACAUAUGCAACAUUGCCAAGAAUCAACUGGGGUGUAGGAUCUUACAGAAAGCAUUCGAUCAAGGGACAUCUCAAGAUGUGCAGUUAAUCUUUGAUGGGAUCAUCGGUCGAGUAGUGGAGUUCAUGGUGGAUCAAUUUGGGAACUAUCUAGUCCAAAAGUUGUUGAUCUUCUGCAAUGAUGAACAGAGGAUGCAGAUUGUGCUGAGGGUUACUAGAGAACCAGGCUUGCUUGUUAGAAUCUCAUUGGACACACACGGGACGCGUGUAGUGCAGAAGCUAAUAGAGACCAUAAAGAGCAGGCAGGAGAUAGGAAUGGUUAUAGAGGCACUUGAACCUGGUUUUCUUGAUCUUGCUACUGAUCUUAAUGGCAACCAUGUCCUUCACCGUUGCUUGCAAUCUUUUACCAAGGAACAUAAUAAGUUUAUAAUGAACGCUGCUGCAAGACACUGCUUUGGCAUUGCCACACACCGCUAUGGAUGCUGUGUUUUAAACAAAUGCAUUGGUUAUUCCACUGGAAAGCAACGCGACAAGCUGCUCGCUAGCAUCUCAUUUCAUGCUUUCGUCCUCGCUCAGGAUGCGUUUGGAAAUUAUGUGAUCCAAUAUAUCAUAGAGCAGAAGAACCAGUGUACAGCCGCUUUGCUUCUUUCACAGUUCCAAGGGAACUUUGUACACCUGUCAAAGCAAAAGUUCAGCAGCCACGUCGUUGAGAAGUGCCUCAAGUUUAUCGAAGAAAGCCGACCAAUCAUCAUUCAUGAAUUAGUCUCAUUCCCUCACUUUGAACACUUGCUUCAAGACCCUUUUGCCAACUAUGUCAUUCAAUCUGCAUUUGGAGUUGCCAAGGCGUCCCUCCGUGCUUUGUUAGUUAAUGCUGUGCGGCCUCACAUGCACAUUCUCCGCAGCAAUCCUUUCUGCAAAAAAAUAUUGUCUCAGAACAUAUUGAAAAAGAAAUGAUGUAAUGUGAUGAUGAAAUGUUGUUGUUCAAUUAGUGUUGUAAUAAUUUGUCACUGUCUGUCUAAGUGGACCUAAUUAGACCUCCUUAUCAUUGGGAUUGUCCGAUGAUAAUGUCUGAAACUGUUGUAUGUAAAUCAAGUUUUGGAUAAAUAUAUGUUUAUCCUGGCUGUGGUCUAUUAUGCUAUUCAUGUCUUA